AUGGAUGCGGCGGCGGCGCCGCCUGGGAGCGGGCGCCGCGCCGGGAUCGGGUCGCUAAGCGAGGGCGACGUUACGCCGGACGGACGCGGGGAAGGGGAGGCUGCCGCUCCGCCUGAACGCCAGUCUCCGGCCGGCCCGCGGAGGGCCCUCCCCGACGCGACCGUCGCUGCCCGGGAGGCCGGGGAUAGCGACGUGGGCCCUGUCCCCACUAACCGAGCGCGGGGUCCGCCCCACCGCGGGGCAGUCCCCACCCUCACUCCCGCGAGAAGCUGGGUAUCGCUGCCGCGGCCACGGGAGCACAGGGGCCGCUCGAGGGUCGCAGGUCCUGGAGCCGGGAUCGCAGCCCGCCGCCAGCCGCUCUCCCACCUCGCCGCCCCUCUCCCGGCAGAGACCCGAAGGCCCGUGGCACGGGAUCGGAGAAGGAGGCUGCUCGCCGCUGCUCCGAGGGAACCGGGUCGGACGCCGCGCCUGCCCCGCGCCGUGGGUCUACACUGACCGGGGAGCGCGGUUGGGUCGUCUUCGGUUCCCCCCGGAAGAACCGCGUCGGACGCCGCGCCUGCCCCCGCCGUGGGUCUACACUGGCCGGGGAGCGCGGUUGGGUCGUCUUCGGUUCAACCAGAAGUACCGCGUCAGACGCCGCGCCUGCCCCCGCCGUGGGUCCACACUGGCCGGGGAGCGCGGUUGGGUCGUCUGCGGUUCUCCAGAGGGUCCUGAAAACCCUGUCGCCAGAAAUCUCCGCGCGCAUGCUGUCCUUGCCCGGCGAGAGCAGAUGGCGUCUCGGGCGCCGGCGCCGGCGCCGCGACAGGCCGGCGUCUCGGAAGCCCCUGGCGGCCAGACGCGGCAGGCUCGCUCCGGUGAGAGGCUCCGCGGCUCCCCGGUCGUGCCGGUCUACCCAUGCGCCGCGGCGGCGGUAGACCGUUCCCGGCGCCCGGCCUCUGCUUCUCGGCGACGGGCGGAGGGUGGGAAGGCCGGGGAAGGGCAGGCUUCCGGGCGUCUGUGGGGUCCGGCCCCCGCCCGCUCCAGGGGCGAGGUUGCCGGUGGCCCCGGUCUACCGGCCGGCAAGCGGGGAUGGCUCGGCCGGUCUUCCCGGCGGAAGGAGCGGAAGCGCCGGCCGUUUUCCGGGGGCGGCCGUGUCUCGCUCCCCGCCGGAGGGGCCGGCAGCGUGGCCCGUUCUUCCUGCGGCCGCUGGCGGCUCUCGCUCUCCCCCGGUGGUCCACUACUGGCCGGGGAAGCUGGGACGUGGCGGUCCCCUUCCCAGGACGGAAGGCUUUCCCGGUCUACCGCUGGGAGGUCUGUCGGCUGCCCGGUCCCGCCGUUCUCCACCCGGCCGAGGCGGCUGGGGCUUCCGGUCCUCCCCGGUCUCCCCGCCGCCGCCGGAGGCCCGCCGACCGCCCGGUCUACUCGCGAGGGCCCCGGUCCUCUCGGCGGCGGCCUUGCCAGCCCCCUUCCGUGUAGGGGGGUCCUCCCGGUCUACCGUCCGAAGGCCCGGUCUGCUUCUCGCGUCCACGGUCACCCCGUUCUGGCCCGGGGCUGGCAGCGGUGCCCGGUCUCCCGGCCCUGGGCUCUGCUGGCCGUGGAGGCUGGGUCCUGCCGGUCUACCCCCGAGGAAGGGAGGCUUCCCGGUCGACCCGCCGUCGGGGAGGGGCAGGCGACGUUGCCCGGUCUCCCGGCCCUCGGCUCCCCUCCGGUCUACCGGCCGAGAAGGCUGGGGCUUGCCGGUCUUCCUCCGAGAUGGUGGGGCUUCCCGGUCAACCCACCGGGAAGCGCGGCUUCGCCGGACUACCUGGCGCACGGCGCGGAACCGCUGGCCGGUCUACUGGGCGCCGGCCCUCGGGAAGCCCGGUCUCCCGGCCCUCGGCUCCCCUCCGGUCUACCGGCCGGGAAGGCUGGGUCUUGCCGGUCUUCCUCCGAGAUCGUGGGCCUUCCCGGUCUACCUGCCGGAAAGGGCGCCUCUGCCAGGCUUCCUGGCGUCCGGCGCGGCACCGCUGGCCGGUCUACUCGGUGUCAGGCCCGGUGGGCUCCUCGCGUCCACGCACACCACACCACGCCCUGCCUGCCUGCCUGCCUGCCUGCCUGCCUGCCUGCCUGCCUGCCGCCUGACCAGCGCUCCUAAACAAAGGAACAGGCUCUUGCCCGGUCUACCUGGAAGGCAGGGAGCGGACGGCCACCCUCCCCGCCAGCCUGCCUGCCUGCCUGCCUGCUUGCUCGCCGCACGGUCUGGGGCUUCCAGGUCCACCUAAGAGGAGGAAACGGCUUCCCGGUCUACCCUCCAUGGGGCCGGGAGGCGCCGGUCCACUAGGCGGGGGGCGCGCGUGCCUGGAGCCGCUGCCCGGUCUACCUGCCUUCGAAGGGGGGGGGCUCUGGCCGGUCUUGCGAGAACGGUAGACUUUCCGGUCUACCUGCCGGAAAGCGCGGCUCUGCCGGGCUACCUGGCGUACGGCGCGGAACCGCUGGGCGGUCUGCUGGGCGCCGGACCUCGGUGAGUACGGUCUCCCGGCCGGAGGGGCUGGCGGCGUUGCCCGGUCUCCCGCCCCUCGGCUUCCCUCCGGUCUACCGGCCAGGAAGGCUGGGGUUUGCCCAUCUUCCUCCGAGAUCGUCGUGGCUUCCCGGUCUACCCACCGGAAAGCGAGGCUCUGCCUGCCUGCCUGCCUGCCUGCCUGCCUGCCUGCCUGCCUGCCUGCUUGCUCGCCGCAGUGCCUGUGGCUUCCAGGUCUACCUCCGAGGAGAAAGGUCUUCCUGGUCUACCCUCCUUGGGCCCGGCAAACGCCGGUCCACACGGCGGUGGGCCUGGAGCGGCUGCCCGGUCUUGUUGUCGGCGGAGGUGGGCGGGCUGGGUGGUCCCGGUCUUCCUCCGAGAUCGUGGGGCUUCCCGGUCUACCGACCGGAGAGCGCGGCUCUGCCGGGCUACCUGGCGCACGGCGCGCGACCGCCGGCCGGUCUACCGGGCGCCGGACCUCGGGAAGCCCGGUCUCCCGGCCCUCGGCUCCCCUCCGGUCUACCGGCUGGGAAGGCUGGGGUUUGCCGGUCUUCCUCCGAGAUCGUGGGGCUUCCCGGUCUACCCACCGGAAAGCGCGGCUCUGCCGGACUACCUGGCGCACGGCGCGCGACAGCUGGCCGGUCUACUGGGCGCCGGACCUCGGUGAGCCCCGUCUCCCGGCCCUUGGCUCCCCUCCGGUCUACCGUCCCGGGAGGCUGGGUCCUGCCGGUCUACCCCCCGAGGAAGGGAGGCUUCCCGGUCGACCCGCCGGAGGGGCGGGGCAGGCGACGUUGCCCGGUCUCCCGGCCCUCGGCUCCCCUCCGGUCUACCGGCCGGGGAAGGCUGGGGCGUGCCGGUCUACCUCCGGGAUCGGUGGGGGGGUUUCCGUUUCGGACCAGUCUGCUCCUGGGAUGAGGGAAAGGCGUGCCGCCAGGCCGCAGGCCUGCCCGCCCUCUUUUUACAAACAGGCUCUUUCUCUCUCGGUCUACCUCCCCCCUCCCCUCCCCAGCUGACCGGCCGAGCGAGCAACCCAAUCGGCCGCCCCCCACCGGAUCGCUUGGCUGCCGCCGGGGAGAACGAGGCCCGAGGAGGAGGAGGGGAGGACGUCCCAGCUACCUCGCGGGGAGCGGACGGCCACCCUCCCCGCCAGCCGGCCGGCCUCCCUGCCUCCCUGCCUGCCGCCUGACCAGCGCUCCUAAACAUAGGAACAGGCUCUUGCCCGGUCUACCUGGAAGGCAGGGAGCGGACGGUCUACCUGCCGGAAAGCGCGGCUUUACCGGACUACCUGGCAUGUCAUGGCACCUCUCGACGGUCUACUCGGUGCCAGACCUCGGAAAGCCCGGUCUACUAGCCGCAUCGAGCGAUCGAGCUCGCGGGCAGGCGAGCCGCCGCUCCACCCAACCACCCGUUUCGGGUUCAUCCGUCCGUCCUUCCAUCCUCCGGUCCCGCGCGUGAGGCCCCCGGGCGGCCGGCGGAGGCAUCCCUCGUGCGAAGGGUGUCCCUGUCCAUCGCUGGUGGGGCUGGGUGGGCGUUGCGUCGGCAGGCACCGGUUACUUGCUUUAGCAGCACAACCAUGCCUGCUUUCCGGCAAGUAGACCGGGUAGGAACCUGGCCCUUUGGGAGCGCAGUGGAGCAGGGAGGGAGUCAGGGUGUUCGUCCCCUGCCUGCCUCCCUGCCUGCUUCCAGGUAGACCGUGUAGAAACCUGGCCCUUUGUUUAGGAAUGCCGGGCGACAGGCAAGCAGGUGGGCAUGCAGCGUGGCCGUCCCAUGCCUGCCUUCUUCCAAGUAGACCGGGCAGAAACCUGGUCCUUGUUUAGGACUGCCAGGCAGGCAGUAAGCAGGCAGGCAGGAAGGCAAGGGGGCUAUGACCUGCUUGCUUGCUUGCCUGCCUGCCUCCCCCCCAGAUAGACCAGAUAGGCACCCCUCCCUUGGUUUAGGAGCGCCGGGGAGCAGGGAGAGAGUCAGGGCGUUCGUCCGCUGCCUGCCUGCCUGCUUCCAGGUUGACCGGCUAGGCACCCCUCCCUCGCUUUACGAGCGGCCCCGUGUGGCCGGCGAAAGGCAGGGCGGCCGUUCCUUGCCUGCCUUCUCCCAGGUAGACCGGGUACUCGCCGGUUCCUUUUUUUAGGAGCGCCCUCGUGUGGCUAGAAUGGUAAGGGCAAGGCAACCGUUCUUCUUUUUCGUAUCCCUAUUGUCAUGAUCGUCCGUACGUGCGUUUCUACCCAGUCUACCUGGAGGAAGGCAGGCAGGGUACGGCCACGCUCCCUGCCUGCCUGCCUACCUACCUGCCGCCCGCCUGGCGCUCCUAAACAAAGGGCAAUGUUCCUACCCGGUAUACAUGGAUUUGAUAUCCUGCUUUAUCACUACCCGAAGGAGUCUCAAAGCAGCUAAAAACACUCGGUGAGGUGAGUGGGGCUGAGAGACUUCAGAGAAGUGUGACUAGGCCAAGGUCACCCAGCAACUGCAGACACGAAGCCGGUUCACCAGAUUAGGAGUCUACCACUCUUAACCACCACACCCACACUGGCUAUUGUGUGUGUGCCUGCCUGCCUGCCUGGUGCUGCCCUCUCUGCCGAGGUGCCUCUUCUCCUGCACACCCAAGAAUCCACCCCGGCCCCCCCAUUGUGCUUGCGGGUGGGGGAGAGAGAGACAGACUCAAAAUAGAUCACGGAGAGAGAGGGAGGGCGGUGUGGGCAGGCAGCCACACACACACACGCAUCAGCCCAUUUCUGACUGCACGCACGAACGCAAGCACGCACGAUCAUGACAACAAUAGGGAGAAGAAGAAGAAGAAGAAGAAGAAGAAGAAGAAGAAGAAGAAGAAGAAGAAGAAGAAGAAGAAGAAGAAGAAGAAGAAGAAGAAGAAGAAGAAGAAGAAGAAGAAGAAGGCUGCCUUGCCCUUACCAUGCUGGCCACACGAGGGCGCUCCUUAAUAAAGGAACUGGCGCCAACCCGGUCUACCUGGGAGAAGGCAGGCAAGGAAGGGCCGCCGUGCCCUGGGCCGGCCACACGGGGGCGCUGCUAAAGCGUGGGAAAGGGUGCCUAGCCGGUCUACUGCUGGGGAGCAGGGGGGCAGGAGGGCGGGUAGGCGGGUAGGCGGGCGGGCAGGCAGGCGGGCAGGCAGGGGACGUCCGCCCUGCCUGCCUGCCUGCCUGGCCGGCGGUCCUGAACCAAAGGGACAGGCUCCUGCCCGGUCUCGCCUGGAGGAAGGCGGGCGUCGGACGGCCACCCUGACUCCCUCCCUGCUCCCUGCUCCCCGGCGCUCCUAAAAGAAGGGACGGGCGCCUACCCGGUCCACCGGGGGGGAGGGGGAGAGGCAGGCAGGCAGGGGACGGCAGACAGCCGCGCGGGCACGGAACCCGACCGGCCGCCACUCCCGGCCGCUGCCGUUCACACCUCUCACUGGCCAUUUAGUAGGUCCAUGCAGCAACACAAAACACUGUUGCUGUAGGUAGGUUUUAUUUUUAUUUCUUUUAUCUUAUAUUUGGAAAUGUACAUCUGGGUUUUUUCCUCUUUUUAAUUUUGUGGGGUCCCCAAGAGGAGGUAGGGCCCUGGCUGCAUGGCUUGUUUUUGGCUGAUAUGUACAUCCGGCACUGCGACACAGGACUAUUAUUCGCCUUUUCAUAAGAGAGACCCAUCUGGCAUGUUUCGUCACAGAUGUUGGAUGCGGACCUUCAGAGGUGAGGCCUGGUUACAAGUUCCUGGUGUUGCAAAGCGGACUUUGAUGGAGGCUGAGGCUUUCCCCAUACGUUUUGUCUCCUUUACACCAAAUGCUGCGGUUUGCUUCCUCUUCCUCCAGAGUGAGAGGUUCUCUCAACUGAGGACAACGAAGACGAGGAACACGAUAGCACGUGGAACUGUUUUCCCGGGGGCUCCCAAUGCACUUCUGCGGACUCGUUUUUAAUUUGCCCCCUUUUGUUUUAAUGAAGGUGAAGUCUACCUGGAGGAAGGCAGGCAUGGGACGGCCACCCUGACUCCCUCCCUGCUCCCUGCUCCCCGGCGCUCCUAAACCCAGGAACGAGCGCCUACCCGGUCCACCGGGGGGGAGGGGGACAGGCAGGCAGGCAGGGGACGGCAGACAGCCGCGCGGGCACGGAACCCUGACCGACCGCCACCCCGGCCGCUGCCGUUCACCCCUCGCUGGUAAUUUAAUAGGUCCAUACACAACACAAAACACUGUUGCUGUAUGUAGGUUUUAUUUGUUUUUUAUCUUAUAUUUUGGAAAUGUACGUCUGGGGUUUUUCCCCCUUUAAAUUUUUUUGGGGCCCCCAAGAGGGUAGGGCCCUAAGCUAUAGCUUGUUUAGCUUAUAUGUACAUCCGGCACUGUGACACAGGACUGGCAUUCGCCUUUUCAUAAGAGAAACCCAUCUGGCAUGUUUCUGUCACAGAUGUUGGAUGCGGACCUUCAGAGGUGAGGCCUGGCUACAAGCUCCUGAUGUUGCAAAACUGGGCUUUGAUGGAGGCUGAGGCUUUCCCCAUACGUUUUGUCCCCUUUUACACCAAUUGCGCGUUUGCUUCCUCUGCCUCCAGAGUAAGAGAGGUUUCUCUCAGCUGAGGAGGACUACGAAGACUAGGAACACGAUGGCACUUGGAACUGUUUUCCCGGGGGCUCCAAAUGCACUUCUGCGGAUCUGUUUUAAUUUGCCCCCUUUUGUUUUAAUGAAGGUGAAGUGCUUGGUGCAAAGUGCUUUCAGAGCCAUCUGCUGCAAAGUAGCAAGCCGGAAUUAUUCCCUGUGAUCCUUUCACUCUUCUCUUCCCUUCCCGCCCCUCCACCCCCGCCUCACAAUCUAUGGCAACGAAAUUCCAUAUCGCCCUCUGCUGACCAGUUCAAAGAAGGCUUCAAAGCUCAUCCCCCAAUAAGGGACUUUCUGAGAUCAGAAUGCGUCGAAAUUAAGAUGGGGGAGGCACUAAAAUUCAGCUUUCCAUAGAUAUUAAAAGGAGCCCAAACACGUUUUUUAUUCAUGCAACAAGUGUUUCCCGCACGAUCCUGAGACUCGAAUAAUUGCUUUAGUUUCAUGCUGCGUUUGUUGUUUCUCAGCGUUCAGGCAGAGGUCUCUGUUGCUGCUGGGGAAAGGCAGUUCCCCAAUCUUCUCUCCACCCCCCCAGCUAAUGUGCCUGUUGCUAUGUACGGAGUGGUACGUGGGGAAGGCUAUGCGAAUGUUAUCAGACUCUACUGAAUAGGCCUCCGUGCAGUCGGUGGCGAGCAACGCGCAACGGCCCCAGUGAUCCGACUGACUGGAGCGAUCCUGAUGCUCUAACCUCGAAGGCUGAUGGUGAUGUUAAGGCUGGAAGGAAAAGGUUAACACUGGGCACACACCUGACCUCCCUCCCUCCCUGUCUUCUGUGGAGGGAUUUCAGAUCAUAAUUCCUGCUGGUGGUGGUUCAAAUGCGAGUCUUCGCCCCAGGGCCUUGCAGAGCCAGGCAGAGGCCCGGGCCAGGUAGAUAAUGCGCCCCUUUAUUUUACCCUGGGGAUAACUGAAGUCUUAUAAAUAAGUAUAUAAAUAAUCUUCACAAAAGUUAUGCUGACAACUAAUUUUAUUUCAAGGCUUGAACCGUAUCUGCAUAUAAAGACAAAAUGGAAAAUAUAGAUAAAUAUGCUGACCGAGCCGCCUUUGGAAUCGGAGGCCCCGGCCAAGUGGCCCAUAUGGCCCUCCCUCUGUCUGGCCCUGCUUCGCCCCCAGUGUGAAGCAAUGAACUUGCAGGCGUUUUGAAGUCCUGCUCGAAGGGAUGCUGCCGGUCGGUCUAAUGCGCCCCUUUAUUCCCCGGAGUUGGUGGUGGGCUCAUGUCCCCCCCCCGCCCAUUCCAGGAUCCCAUCUGUUCCCUCUUUCCGAGGAGCCAUCAGAAAUAAAAACCUUCCUUAUUAGAAGCCGAGGGUUUCCGGGGCCCCGUAAUGUUCUCAGCAGCCCUUCGAAGUCUCCCCGCUUUGCUGUGUCUUGACAAAUCCCGACAAGGGGGGAGGCGAGCGGGCAGGUGGGCAGGAAGCUGAGCUGAAGUCAGGAAUGAGAUGAGGAAGGACGUCGGGGGGGGGCAUUAACCCGAGGUUUAAUCUGCUUGCCCUCUCUCCUUCCCAGCCACUCUAGAAGACGGGUCUGGGGCUCCAGCGAGUAUCGGAAGCAAAAUGCAACCCUCGGAUCUGGAAGUCCCGUCUUCCCUUCAUGCGGAACCGGCGCUGUUACAGGUGCCGUGCGAUACUCACUCCGCAUUUGUAAGAAAUAAAUCUCCUCUGGAUCUCCCUCCAAGCACUCUAAAAACCAGCGGCGAACAAAAAACAUACCAGCAAUCGAAUAUCUGGACAGGCUCGUCUAAACAAAAUGUUUUCCGCAGGCGCUUUCACUGCGCUCCUUUCGGCACCUGCUACUGUACUCUUCAGAUUGCUGGGGUGUUUUUUGGACGUCGCUGGCAUUUAGUUUUUAAAAAAUGGUUUUUACUAAUAAUCUUGCUGCUUAUUCUAUUCUACAAUCAAGCGGGGUAUACACGGACAGUAAUUGAAUAAAUAGAAUUAACAAAUCACCACAGAGUGGCGUCUCCUUUUAUUUGUGGAAUGGAAAUUUACUCUGCACGUGCUUAGGGACACUUUCAUCAAGGUGGUGGGAGGGGCGGUCUGCAGAGUAGGAGCCAAUUCCUGGGGCGGAGGUUCCUUCGCCCCCCAGUAAAAUAUUUGCGGGGGCCGCCCGCCCAAAAAAGUUGAUGGUCAUUCAUUGCUGUUCAAAUGGUGCGCGCGCCAUGUCUUGUGAUCUAUUAGGCGGGGCGGGACUUACCUGUCCCCAUGAGUAGCCAAAGGAGGGCAGGGGGCAGCUGCCCCCCUAAAUCAAGAAAAGAAAAAAUGCUUAACUAACUGACCAACUGCGUCGCAGAUGAUUCUGCCCCCCCCCCCCCGCCAACAUAAAUCCUGGCCACGCCCCUGCCUUCCCCCCGCCAUAUUUAUUCAAGUUGGCACCCGUGGUCUGCAGUAGCCAGCAGGCUCCGUUGCCUCUUCCGCUUAGCCAUCUAUUUUCCUCCAUAGCCUCCUCUAUCCCCGCCAGGGACUCGGUUCAGAUAAUAACAGGAAAGUACCGGGCUUCUAUUCAAAUAGUGGGAGGCGAGGAGAGACCACUAUUUCUAACAGCAAGAAGUGAAAGUUUUUUGUUAGAUUUUUUAAGAAGAAAAAGCGUUGGUUACUAAACCGCUCCUUUCUCACAGCAUCAUUAUAAAGUUGAGGUGUUGCAGCAUGUAAAUGCAUUUAAAUUGUGUUGGUUUGUUUAUUGAUUAAUCAGUUAGAUGCUAAUCAAUCGAUUUGCUAAUCUCUUGGCAGCCCCGAGGGCAAGGGAGGGAGCACAGAAGGAGCUGAAACUGGCAAGAAACAGAUGUCCUAAGGCUCAUAACCUUUAAGGAGAAGGAGGAGUCUGCACCCUCCAGAGCCAUACACCUCCCCCAACAUAAGAGGAAACCUUCCUCACCCAACUCCUCGUCGCUCUGCAGCUCGGCCUCCAGGUUUUUCUGCAUCCCUAAAGAUUCCCCCACCUGAAGGCACCUGUUUUCCCCAACCAGUUUGUCUCUUCUACCACCACCCCCGCCCCAAACCUCCUUUUCUGCCGACACUGCUGUUCCUACUUCCAUCCCUUUAGGUCUCCUGCAUUUCAGCUCCUCUCUCGGUGUCCCUGAGUCUCCACAGUUUCCUUCCUGACACCCCCUGGCCUCGAGCGCAAGGGUCUGCAGAACUGCUUCCAGCAGCCCGGUGCUGCGUGUCACAUGAAGGCAUUGUUAAACCGGGGUGGCCGAAAGUGAUACUCAUGCAUUGUGGGGCGAGCGGGGUCAGCUUGGUGUCCAUUCCCCUCUUUACAACUUGAGUUUCCGGUAACAAAAAAGAAAUGGUCUCUGAGCAUGCGAGGAGUCACGUCUGUGCUGGUUCAAAGGCAGCUUGAGUUCCAGCAGUUCCUUGCUUUAGCAGCAUCCCCGUGCCUGUCUGCCUGCCUUCCGCCAGGUAGACCGGGCAGGCACCCCUCCCUUGGUUUAGGAGCAGUAGCGAGGCAGAGGGCCGUCCGCUGCUGCCUGCCUUCCAGGUAGAGCGGGCAGGAGCCUGUCCCUUCAUUUAGGAGCACCGGGCAGGCAGGGCAGGCAGGCAGGCAGGGGCCGUCCCCGACUGCCUGCCUGCCUGCUCCCCGUAGACCGGCUAGGAACCCCUCCUCUCUUUAGGAGCGCCCCCGUGUGGCCGGCGCAUGGCAGGGCGGCCGUUCCUUGCCUGCAUUCUCCCAGGUAGACCGGGUACGCGCCGGUUCCUUGCUUUAGGAGCGCCCCCGUGUGGCCAGCAUGGUAAGGGCAGGGCAGCCGUUUUCUCUUUCUCUUCUCUUCUUCUCUCUUUCUCUCUUCUUCGUAUCCCUUUGGUGUCAUGAUCGUGCGUGCAGUGAGUGAGUGAGUGAGUGCAUGCAUGCGGUCGAAAUGGGGGUGCGUGCGUGUGCCUGCCUGCCUACCUGCCUGCCCCCUCUCUCCGUGAUCUAUUUUGAGUCUGUCUCUCUCCCCCGCAUACAAGCACACGGGGGGCGGGAGUGUGGUUUCGGGUGUGCGUGUGUGCGUGUUGGAGUGAUAUUUUGUGUCCAUCUCUCUGUCUCUGUCUGUCUCCCCCGCACACAAGCACAUGCUGUGUUUGAGUGUAUGCUAGUGUGACAGAUAACUUUUGUGCCCUUCUGUCUCCCUCCUCCCGCAAACGAGAGAGUGUGUGUGUGUGUGUGUGUGUGUGUGUGUGUGUGUGUGUGUGUGAGAGAGAGAGAGAGAGAGAGAGAGAGAGAGAUUUUGUUUCUGCUUGCCUGCCUGCCUGCCCGCCCGCCCUCUCUCUCUCUCUCUCUCCUCUCCUCCCUCCCUGCAAACAAUCAAGUGUGUGAGAGAGCGCCUGGAGAAAGUAACUAGGUCUCCCAGAUAGUACGCCCAUUGCUCUGCAUUCUCACGCAGGCCUAGCGAACUCCGGCGAUGCGCUGGAUGAUGCCAAGACGCAGCUAG